CUUUUCUAGUGAAAAUGUCUCGCUGUGCUCUUUAGGUGUGGUCGUAAAAUGCUUUAUUUAUACCUACUCUUCGUAAUCUUUUCACAACAAACAAAGUCAUCUUCUUUGAGUUCAUGUCUUGUUCUUUGCGCGUUUGACAACAAAAUGGCCAUCAAAUUGCCCCAGUUGCUCGAGUGUUUUGUUCUCAUCUUGUUUAUUAACCGGAUACAAACAGUUACCUUAGAAGAUGUUCAGAAAAUGAAAGAUGACCUAAGCAAGGAGCUCAAGUCGAUGGAGAAAACAGUGGCAGCGAAGAAAAGUGUAUACAAAGAUAACCAGUACGAAGUGGUUCUGAGCGACUUAAUCCAGCAUGAUCUUCAAGAGUCUUUGAAACAUUUUACAAAGGAUGCAGGGCCUGAGGAAACAGCAAUGAAAAUGAUCAGGAAACUAAUCGAUGAAGAAAAAUCAGGAUAUGUCGAUGCUGAUGACAAGAUACUGGAUCGACUCAUUGCUAAAGAGAAAGAAGAAAAACAGCAAGGUAAGGGAUGAAUUCAUUUCGAAUUUAAUUUAAAAGAUUGUGUUAUAAGUGUUUUACGUGUAGACGAAAAAGGGUUAUGGAGAAACUGUAAGAUUGUACAUGGAAUUUAUACAAAUUUAGCUGAACAAUUAAAUUUUUCAGUAACGCUUUUUUCACUGGUAUCCAAAAUGUCAAGGUGUACCACC